UUCCCCCCGAACCGGUGAUUUUUACUCCAGUUUGUCGACAAGUAUUGACGAGAACAUUUCUUACUCCAACAAUCUUCACUUUUCCGUUGAUAAUCAACUCCAAAAUGGUCGUCAUCAUCGAGAACAAAAAUGACUUGAUCAAGAGGCUAGAGGAAGCCGGUGACAAGCUCGUCAUCAUCGACUUCUUUGCCACCUGGUGCGGCCCAUGCAAGGUCAUUGCUCCCCAGUUUGAGGAGCUGUCGAAGGAGUUCCCAGAUAUCGUUUUCCUCAAGGUCGAUGUCGACGACAACGAGGAAAUUGCUACUGAGUAUGAGAUCGGCAGUAUGCCGACGUUCGUCUUCAUCAAGAAUGGAAAAACCGUGCACCAAUUUACUGGAGCCAGCCUUCAAAAAAUCAAGGACGGUAUUGAGGCGCACAAGAAUUAGACCCAAUCUCGCAUAAUAAACAAACUGUACGCCUUAUAACUGUUAUAUUUAAACCGAAAGAAGUUUAAAAUCGAAGAUAAUUAAUGAAAAAAAUUGAUAAUAGUUCAAUUAAAUCAUACACGGCAUUAACAUUACCAUGUUUUGUACAUAUUCUAUUGUGUACUCUUCUCGGACACGGAAUUUGAGAUGUUUUCACGAUAGAAAAGACUGUGAACAUGAGUUUAAACAGUAGCAACUUUAAUUCGCUACAUUUUUUCCAUUCGUUUGUAUCUGACUUGAUUGAUGUACUUGGCCUUUUGAAAUAUACACGAUGAAUUAGGUGAAUAAAUUCA